AUGAGUCCGUGUGGCAAAUGUAUGGUCGAGUUGAUUAACCUAAGGAAUCACAAGAAGUACAGGGGUGAAUUUAUUGUUGUCACCAAUGCUCCAUCAUCUACGUAUAUUAGGGGCAACAAACUCGGCAAACAGGGUCAACAAAUGGAACAUUGUCAACACCACCUAGAACAGCUAUGGCAACAUAAGAUACAGGGACAGAAAACAGUGGAAUUGCAAAAGGAAUUAGUCAAGAAGUAUGUUGAUGUUUUCUCAGGUGAAGUUGGUUGUUUUGAGGGUAAAUUGCAUCUGGAAAUUGACCCGCAAGAAAAGUUCAAAAAGGAACUUGAUCGCUUGACACAGUUGGAUGUCAUUGCCAAGGUUGAUAGUCCAACUGAUUGGGAAAUAAGAGUGUACAUUGACCCCAAACCACUCAAUAGGGCCUUGAAACGGUUACAGUACCCUUUUACAACACUGGAAGAUGUGCUACCUGAACUGGCAAUAGCGAAGGUAUUCAGUGUUGCAGACGUGAAAAAUGGUUUCUGGCACGUGAAAUUGGAGGAAGAAUUGAGUUACCUUACAACGUUUGGGACACCAUAUGGGCGUUUUCGAUGGAAAAGGAUGCCGUUUGGAAUAGCACCAGCACCUGAAGUUUUUUUGCAGAAGCUAUGCCAAGCCAUUGAAGGGCUUCCAGGUGUAUUCCAAAUUGCUGAUGACAUCCUUAUUGUUGGUGAAGGUAACAUCAAGCUCAACUUGGAGAAGUUCAAGUUUCGACUACCAGAAGUUUCAUAUUCAGGACACCGUCUGUCCGCAGAAGGGCUAAAACCAGAUCCAAAGAAAGUUCUUGCUAUCAUACAAAUGCCAAGACCUUCUGAUGUUCCAGCAGUUCGUCGACUAUUGGUCAAAUCGGAUCACAAGCCUCUGGAAUCUAUUGCUAAGAAGUCACUGCCAUGGGCUCCAAAGCUUCUUCAACGGAUGCUUUUGAGAAUUCCGAAAUACGACAUCGAAAUCGUGUAUAAACCGGGCAAAAUGAUGCUUCUAGCGGAUACACUCUCGCGUGCGUAUCUUCCUGAAUAUAAUGACACAGAGAGCCUGGAGGAUGACAAAUUUAUGAUGUUCUUUGCUGAACUUGAAAACAUCAACAUGUUGGAAUCACUUCCAAUUAGUGCUGAGAAAUUAGCUGAAAUGCAAAGAGAAACUACACUAGACAGAACACUUCAAAUGCUUACAGAAGUCGUUAAGGAAGGAUGGCCCCCCAACAAAGGCUCAGUACCACUGGAGAUACGACAAUAUUUCAAUUUCCAGUCAGAGACUGCCGUCUCAAAUGGUUUGCUUUUUCGAACAACCGUGUCAUUGUGCCAUCAGCUAUGCGCAAUGAUGGGAUGCGUAUUUUGGCCUGGAAUGUCAGCAAGUGUGCGUACAGAAGUAGAGAAAUGUGAAAUCUGUAGGUCAAUGGACCAAAGGGAACAAAAGGAACCACUUCAAUCACACUCUAUUCCUACCCGUCCGUGGGCAAAGCUGGCUGUUGAUCUAUUUCAUAUUGAUGAUCAAGAGUUCAUUGCAAUUACAGAUUACUACAGUAAUUUCGUUGAAGUUGAAUGUCUGCACACGACCAAGCCAUCGGAAGUCAUUAGGAUUCUGAGGAGUCAAUUCGCUAGACACGGAAUCCUGAUUGCUUAG